UUUUUUUUUUUUUUUUAACAAAAAUAUUCAUGCAGUUGCAGAAAAGCGGGAGCAAGGAGCACACCGGCCGACAGGAAAAUAAAGGGAGGAGGGGAGCAGAGGGAGAGGCGCCAGGAGGGACCUGCUUCAACAUCCAGCAUCACGGAGGACGAUCUCAAGCAUCCCAAGGGUUUACCUCUGCCUGCUUUCAAGAAUCUCUCUUCCUUCCUCUCUUCUCUCUUUUCUGGCAACCGCCCAACGACUCUCGUUUCUACCCGUCGAGCUCUGAACGCCUCGUUCCCUUGCACGUCGUCUCUCGUGAUCCGCUGUCCUUGCUACUCCCUCCUCGCCACCUACACCGCUUCACAAACCAUCUCCAUCGGCAACAAUGCCGCGACCCAAAGCCUUCGACUCUGCAGAGUACCGUCUUCCCAUGUACGACACAAACCCACCGCCCUACCACUCGUCCUUAAAAAAACCUCCCAACACCCCUUCCUCAAUCUCAGUCCUCAUUUCUAGCAAAGCUACCCACUCAACGUCGCCAACCUCGACAGCCAUACUGUUCACUGCACAGAAGCCCAGCAGGAAAUCCCUCCAGGUCCAUUGGCACCCUUCCGUGAACCAGCGUCAGGCCGCGAAACGCAAUCGCGAACUCCUCUCCUUAUUCGCCCUCCUCCUCUUCUUCUCAUCCGUCACUUUCAUUCUCUUCCAGCACUCUGGAUGCGACUUUGCAACGGGACAAUGUCAGCGUUCUCGUCACAAGAAAUUGGCACCUCCAUCAUUAAUACUGACUAGUACGAAAGCAAUACCUUCACGGGCGCAGGGAAAGAAUCGGCUGCAAGAAGUCGCUACCUCAGAACUCGUGAAAGGCGCUGGGGUGUUUGGCGGAGAAGGGCUGUUGAUGGACCAAGAUACAGUGGUGAUGCCGGAGUCAAGACAAGAAAGGAGAUAUCCGCCUCCUAUCUCAGCCGAGAGGACGUGGAGUGCCUUGUAUGGACUACGCAGAAGACGGCCCUUAUUGAGCCAGGAUCAGGAUCGAUCUGCAGGGAUUAUAGACGACUCCAUCAAGCAGAUCAGCAUGGAUAUGGAUACACAGGGGGACGAGAGAGGAGUAGGAUACGAUGAGGAGGAGGUGUAUGACACUGAAGGCACAUCAAUCGACAAUGAAAAUGAAAAAGUACAGAACGAGGGAGACAUGGAAGAGGAAGACCUUGUGAUGGAAGCCGGUCGCGGUAGAGCCACUCCUCAAGAGGCCUAUGCUGACAUAUGGAAAGAAAGCCCCGAUCCGCUCUCAGAGGAUGAUUACCUCGAGCUAGAAAACAACUAUGUGGUCGCAUCCCGGAUCGAGGAGACCCAUCAGCAACAGUCCAUCCGCAGCCGACUCGGCCGGGACACCCAGUACAUGAUGUACCUGCCAGACGCGGAUAUGACGAACCAAUUCCAUAGCAUGGUGCGCGCCAUCAUGCUUGCCAAAUCCCUAGGCCGAACCCUCAUCCUACCACCGAUCACUGUCUCCCCAGGUCAAGAUAACUCGCAGCGAAACCAGCCAUGGUCCGAUUUCUUUGAUCUCGAAACAUUCAUGUAUCUUACGGGUGCAAAAGUUGUGGAGCUGCAAACUCUGCGCGAACCGGACAGUUUGCCUAUGACUGCCGAGCCUCUUCAGUGUCACAUCACCUGCGGUGUGGGCUCCUUGCGACCUGUCGAUGCCACCGCAAAAGAGUUCUUGAAGCAAUGGAAGUUUGACUUGUCGAUGAUCCAGCAACAUGGUGGUACCCAAGAAGGAGGAUUGGAAUCUGUAUGGGCGGUACUUUUAUUUCACGCCGGACGUGGGAAAGCAUUUCCAGAGAACGGUCUUUACCGCGACGCCCAUCCCGCUGGCACCGAUUUCCAUGCCAACAACAACAAUAAUCCAACUACCACUAGACCAUAUAUUUCCAUUCACGCCAGACGAGGAGAGUAUAUCGAGUUCUGUCAACAGCACUUCCAGUACGCCCUCCAAUCCUGUCUCCCGACCACUCAAGAACUGGCCUCAACACUACACGAUAUCCUCGUUGCAAACCCUUCCCUCCGCGGCCUGCCCGUAUUCGUCUCGACGGACGAGGACCGACCUGAGGAGUUGACAGAGUUUAGGGCACUGGGCUGGCAUGUCCUCGAUCAUAAGGCUAUAGGCACACGCGAGCGAAUGGGAGCUUUUGGCCCGAUGAUGAUGGACCAGAUGUUUAUGGCACAGGCGCAAGUAUUUCUAGGAGUGCGGACGAGCGCAUCCUCGAGACUGGGGGCACAUCGACAGGAGGAUUGGUAUGGACGCAAAGCUGUAUUUAUGUGAGUCAGCCUGAGAGUCCUGCCAAACACCCUAUAAAUAAUGCUUGGUCUCCUUGGUGCAAUGAUAGCAAUUAAAAAAUUGAAAAUACAGUAGUAAGAGAUGCAGCUCAUGAUGUUCCCUAGUUCGCCAGAUAUAUGAAUGAU